AAUGGCUUCAACCUCUGCAUUACCAGAAACAGCACCUCCCGUCGAGCAAAUGAUGGAAGAAAUUUCUGCUGACACAGAGACUAUUCAACUUGAACAAAGAUUGGAAUGUUUAAAAGAUGUUGAUUGGAAAGUUGCUGAAUUAAUGGCUAUUGUUGCGGAAGUUUUGAACAGUUUGGAAAAGGACAAACCGUCAAAAAUGGAAGAUUUGUACAAACGGUACGAAACGAAAUUGGAUGAAGUACAAAAAGGGGUUGGAGAGCAAUUGACUUAUAUGGAGCAAGUCUGUGUUGGAGCUGAACAUCAAGGAUCUAAUUUUCAUGCAAAACAAGUUGCAGAAUUAAGUGGGAAACGUUUACAAUCCUUAAAUAAUCAAUUAGAAAAUAUAAAAAAUUUAAUUAAUUCUGAAAAUGAAGAGGAAGAGGGAAAUAAAUUGGGAAUUGAGGCAGAGCAGGAUGAUGAAAAUAUGGAAGAAGAGCUUUGA